AAAUUCUUCAACAGCUUAAAAAAGUUUAAAAGAGCUGAAAAAAGUUGAAAAAGUUUUGAAAAAGUUUGAACAAAUUUUGAAAAACAAUGUCUUCACUUCCAGGCAAAACCUGGAUCAUGACUCUGCGCGAAGUCUGCUUUUCGCCAUUCGCCAUCGUUGCGCUGUCCUGCGUGUUGGGCUACGCCAUCUAUUCGCGCAGUCGGCCCGAGUAUCCCACCUACGACAUUGAGGACUUUGAGAACCCGGCUGAGGUGAAGGUGAAGCCGCCGCUCCGCAAUUUGCGGUUGACCGAGAAGAUGCUCGCACGCUACAGCUCUCGUCGCAAAGAUGGAUCCUAUUUGAUCGCUUUGCAGGGCACCAUCUACGAUGUGUCCUCUGCCCCGGCAGACUUUGGACCGGGAGGCGUCCACGAACUGCUCACUGGCACCGAGCUAGUGCCCUAUUUAAUGCGGACGGCAGCGGUAGACUUCCUCGACCCCGCGUUUUAUGUGAAAGAGUGGCGAAUAGUUCUUGAGGACCAUUUCCCGGUCGCCGGGCAUGUGCUGCAAGCAAAGGACAACUCUGUACAGCAGUACUGGGAAUCGGCCCAAGGCUCUAGAACCGACAGCUCCGAUAAUGAGAGUGUGCGCACGGCCAACGAUGGUACAGAGAGCGGAGCCGAUGGUGAUCGUGAUCGUGAUCGUGAUGGCGAUGGCAGCUCUACGGGAAGCGCAGUUUUCGCUGAUCUGGAUGAGACCGCGACUGAAGACCGCACAGUUAUAUUCGAGCAUGACGGAGAUACCACAAUUCUACCACAAAAGGAUCUGGCUGAUGCUUGAAUCAAUUUCUUAAAUCAAUCUACUUUCUUUUGUUUCUAAAUUUGAUUUACACUUGAGCAGUUUCAACCGAGCUUCCUCCAUAAGGACUACAUACUUGUAUGCUUCAAGCCAAUUCAGUUUUAUUCAUUCUUCGUCCUUCAACAUUCUUCGGAACACCAAUCAAUACAAAAGCUUUACGCAAACUGAACAAUCUAUGCUGAGAAACACGCACAACAAUCCAUUUAACAAUAAAGUUAAAACAGCACACAA